UGGCACCAAGCAUUUCCACACCCAUCCACACCACACAGCACACCCGAGAGGAGAGCCAUGGAGGCCACCGCGUUGAGUGUGGGCAAGUCCGUGCUGGAUGGAGCACUUGGCUACGCCAAAUCCGCAGUCGCGGAGGAGGUGGCUUUGCAGCUCGGCAUCCAGCGUGAUCAUGCUUUCAUCAGGGACGAGCUCUCGAUGAUGCAGGCUUUCCUGAGGGCCGCGCAUGGUGAGCGAGAUGACCAUGAGGUACUCAUGACCUGGGUGAAGCAAGUCCGUGAUGUGGCCUAUGAUGCGGAGGACUGCCUCCAAAAUUUUUCCAUCCAUCUCCAUAACCAAUCAUGGUGGCAUCUCCCUCGCACCCUGCGUGAGCGGCGCCGCAUUGCCAAGCAGAUGAAGGAGUUGAGGGCCAGAGUUGAGGACGUGAGCCAGAGGAACCUGCGCUACCAGCUUAUCAAUAGUGCCAGCUCCAAGCCUGUCACUUCUGCUGAUGAGAAGCCUAACAUUGCAGCUGCAGGAAUAUAUGGUAUCAAUGAUGCACGACGUGCUGGGAAGAAGGACAACUCAAAAGUGGAUCUGGUCCAACUCAUCAACCAAGAGGGCGAGGAUCUUAGAGUAAUAGCUGUAUGGGGAACAAGUAGUGAUCUUGGGCAGACAUCCAUCAUCAAAGCUGUCUACGAUAAUCCAGAUAUCAAAGGGAAAUUCGCAUAUAGAGCAUGGGUCAGGGUAAUGCAUCCUUUCAAUGCAAAAGACUUUGUCCAGAGCUUGGUGAAGCAGUUCCGUUCCACCGUAGGAUUUGAAGGUUUGUUGGAGGAAGACAAGACAUGGCAAGAGUUGGCUGAGGAGUUGAAGGGAUAUGUGAACGAGAAGGGUUACCUUGUUGUGCUUAAUGACCUAUCAACAAUUGAAGAGUGGGAUGACAUUAAAGUAUGUUUCCCAAACUACAAGAAAGGUAGUCGAAUCAUAGUGUGCACACCACAAGUUGAAGUUGCAAGCUUGUGCCUGGGGCAAGAAAGCCAAGUAUUGGAGCUCAAGCAAUUCUCCACUGAUCAGACUAUUUAUGCUUUCUAUGAGAAGGAUGGAACUGAUUCACCAACACUAUUACCAAGCUCAGAUGCAGCCACAACAAGUACAUUGAACCUAGUAGUGCCCACCAAUGAGAUAUUGGAGAAUCAAUCUAAAGGUAGCAAAGACAGGAAGGUGGUCAGAAAUAACCUUACUCGCAUCAAGACUAUGACUAACGCUUUAGAGGAAUCUAAGCUUAUUGGACGAGAGAAAGAAGCAUCUGACGUGGCAGGACUGAUUUCAGAUAAACUUGGUCAACAAUUUUUAGUGAUUUCUAUUUGGGGGAUGGGUGGUCUUGGGAAAACCACUCUAAUCAAGGAUGUUUACCAAAACCAACAUCUUAUUGGCAUGUUUGAGAAGUGUGUUUUUGUUACUGUGAUGCGUCCUUUCAUUCUGAAGGAGCUCCUUAAGAGCUUAAUCAUGCAACUACACACAGAAUCUUCUGAGGAGAGGAGGUCAAUUAUGGAUUUGAGGGGUGGCACAAGAAAAGAAUUACCAACGAUGGGUGUUGAAGCCCUCAUUAAAGAGGUGGCUAGGCUUUUAGAAGGAUUUAAGUGCUUGAUUGUUCUUGAUGAUUUGUCAUCUACUACAGAGUGGGACAUGGUAGUACAGAGUUUUCCUAAAAUGGAAAAUACAAGCCGGAUCAUAAUCACAACAAGGGAAGAGAAUAUUGCAAAGUAUUGUUCAGAGAAGCAAGAAAAUAUAUAUAAGCUCAAAAUUUUAGGGGACAAGGAUGCACUUGACCUCUUCACAAGAAAGGUAUUUAAGGAGGCCAUAGACCUGGAACAACGUCGUCCUGAUUUGAUUGAAGAAGCAAAACUGAUCUUGAAGAAGUGCAACGGACUUCCCCUUGCAAUAGUCACCAUCGGUGGUUUCUUGGUUAACCAACCAAAAACAGCCAUGGAGUGGAGGAAAUUAAAUGAGCAUAUUAGUGCUGAAUUGGAGAUAAACCCUGAGCUUGAAGCCAUUAGAACAAUCCUAAGUAAAAGUUAUGAUGGUUUACCCUAUCAUCUCAAGUCUUGUUUUUUGUAUCUGUCCAUCUUUCCUGAAGACCACAAACUUAGCCGCAGACGUUUGACGCGGCGGUGGACUGCAGAAGGUUAUUCAAGGGAGAUCCGUGAAAAGUCUGCGGAGGAAAUAGCUGAUAGAUACUUUAUGGAAUUAAUAGGUAGGAGCAUGAUCCUACCAUGUCAUGAGUCAGCCUACAGUAGAAAAGGAUUUGACUCUUGCCAAGUCCAUGAUCUCAUGCGUGAAAUUAGCAUCUCAAAGUCAACGGAGGAAAAUCUUGUUUUCAGACUGGAAGAAGGUUGCAGAUCAAACACACAUGGCACAGUACGCCACCUUACGAUAAACAGUAAUUGGGAGGGAGAUAAAAGAGACUUCGAGAGCAUGGUGGACAUGAAUCGUAUACGAUCAUUAACAGUGUUUGGAAAGUGGAGGCCAUUUUUCAUUUCUAACAAGAUGAGUUUGCUGCGAAUACUAGACUUGGAAAACAUAGAUUAUCUAUAUGAUCGUCAUCUUGAGCAAAUUGGGAAGCUUCAUCACCUACAAUACCUUUCUCUAAGAAGAUGUAACAGUAUUUUUCGCCUGCCCGAUUCAUUGGGUAAUCUGAAGCAACUGCAGACGCUGGAUAUUAAACAAACAUCGAUAAGAAAUUUGCCAAAGACCAUCAUCAAUCUCAGGAAGUUGCAUUAUAUUCAUGCUACGAUCGAUUACAGUAUCAUACUAGGCUGCAGUACAUCCGGUGAGAUUGAAGAUGGAAUUGUAUUGCCGAGAGGAUUCAGAAAGCUGAGAUUGCUGCGCACACUGAGUGUUGUUAACAUCGCUGUGGGGCAGGGCAUCCUAAAGGAGAUAAAAGCGCUCACCCAGUUGCGCAGGUUAGCAGUGAUUGGCAUCGACAAGAAAAAUUGUGGAGAGUUUUGUUCCACCCUUGCUGAUCUCCGCUGCCUAGAAUCUCUGACAGUGCAUUCAAUGAGCGAGCCAGAUUUACAGGGCUGCUUGGAUGGUGUGUCAUCGCCUCCAAAAAACCUCCAGAGCCUCAUGGUGCGCGGCAAUCUAGCCAAAUUGCCGGAAUGGAUCGGGGGGCUCAAUAGCCUUGUGAAGCUGAAGCUAAAGGAGACCAUGCUUUCAGAGUUGGAUGCCACCAUACAGGUCCUUGGCAAGCUACCCAACCUGGCCAUCCUACGUCUGUUGAAGCGUUCGUUCAAGGGUAAAGAGCUCAAUCUCACUUUCCGUCGAGAGACAUUCCCGAGUCUGAUGGUCCUGCAGCUGGCUUUACCUGACCUCAGGUCGGUGGAGUUUGGAGAAGAAGCAACGCCUAAACUUGAGCUGCUGAGCUUUAUUGGUUAUCCCUUAAUUUGCAAAGCCGGGAUGUUUUCUGGGCUGGCAUCUCUCCCAAGCCUCAAGGAAUUCAUGCUGGACAACGAUAAGUACGAGGAGGACUUCCUGACACACGUGCAGGACCAGCUUGACGGGAACCCAAACGGACCCGUCAUGAAGAGUUCGGGAGCUCUAGCGUCUAAUAAAUUUGUCGAGGCUUUAUUUGAUCUGGAGAUAUUAGGGCAGUCCCAAUGGGACAGUAAUGAUAGUCCCAAUCCCUCUUAAUUGUCAUGCCAACUAAGCAAUUUGCUGAUGUGGCAGUAGAUUUAUUAUGGAGAGAGAGAAAUCAUUUCCUGAAGAGAAAACCAAUUCCUCACGCAUACCGAUGGGCCAAGAAACCAGCGAAUCUGCAUUGGGGAGACCCAAGUAGUUUCUUCUUGCUUACCGCCAGAUCCUUUGUGCUUGCACUGCUGCUAUCCGUCACUUAAGCUCCUUUACAUGAUGCAUAGAUGAUCUGGUACUAGAAGGGAGAAUGAUUAGUUGGAUUUUUGUUUAGACUCUAGAUAAAAAAAUUGCAUUGUGAAGGAUGAUUUCUUGAUACACACUAUGAAAACUACGAUGGUUUCUCCCAUUGGGAGUGCCCUUAUGAACUGAUGCAUAUGUGUUAAUUUCAUCUCAUCCCCUAUCUGUGUGUGUUUCUUUCAAAUUCGCACAAAUCAAUAGUUGUAGGCCUCUGAACCAUCUCUAAGUUUGUUUCCUGUGUUUGUGUCCAAAUAGUUGCCAUGCUUCAUUCUGCAUCGAGAUGCAUGCUUGUAUGGUUGCUGGAUGUUUUACCCGUCUAUAUAUGUAUGAGAAUCGAUAGUGAGGACCAAUGGUGGUCAACUUUGGAUGACAAGUGAUUGUCAAUGUUGUGUGGAAUGUUGUAUCUCUUACGGAGUUUUGUUUUGUUUUGUUUCCACUACACUGUGAGCGUUUCUAAUCGUUCCUAAUAAGGUGAGCUUGUCACAAGUUGACUCGUGUCAUCUUGGCGAUUAGAAGUGAGAUGUGUUUGGUGUGGCAAUCGGAAUCCCCUCUGGUCACCCGGUCCUUCAGAUAGGAUGACACUGCAUGUGUAAGAUUUUUUUCUUCAUAUGGGGCUCAUGAUAAUCUGUUUCAUUACUCUGGGAAAAAAGAAAACCCGGCAACCAGUGCAUUAUGAGGCAAUUCUACGUAGAGUAUCUUGAAGAAGCAGGUAAGACACAAGAAAAAGCUACUCUUGGGGCUCAAGUUCUAAAGAAGAUGGGGAUAUUUUUGCUUUCUGCGAUGAGAUGGAUUGUUUACUUCAUAUGUUUGAUGGUGGUAUUGUGAAAGAGAAUGGAGAGUUUGAGAAUAUGAAUGUGGUAGUGGAAUUGUUCGAUGCUCCUCCAACUUUUAAAGAUUUAGUUGACCGUGCAAUGAGAAAGUAUGGAUGUAGAGUGGAUGAUAUGACAUUGAGAGGCCGUUUUGAUUGUGGGAAAGCUAGAGCUCAUUAUGUUUUUAUGAACUUGGCAUCCGAGUCAAUUGGAAGCAAUAUAAGGAUGUAGUUCAGCAAGCAAAUGUUGUUUGUUUGGAGGUGGUAAUUGAAAUUUUUCGUAUGCCUGGCCCAAAUGUUGCCUUAAGAGAUGAAGUGCCAGUAUUGAAUUGUAUUGGUACCCAAGAGUCAGAAAUUAUGCAACACGGUUUAGGUGAAAGUCAAUCUGAUUUUAGCUUGGCCAUUGCAAAUGAUGAUUUUUCCAAUGACACUUUUGAGCGGGAAGAAACAAAUAUAGAUGAUGACAACAUAUCUCUAGGUUCGGAAGAUGGUGACUUUGGGGAUGAUGGGGUAGAAGAUGUCGAGGAAGAGGAUAGAUCCACGCUGGAGAUGCUCUGUGGUGAAGCUAGUGCUCCGGAUCUGUUUUCUCAGAGCUGGAGCCCUGCCAAACCGGCCCUUCAUGGGACAGCAGCUUGCAAGGCUUGCCAAUGAGGCGGGCGUGGUCAUGGAGCAUGCAGUCGGAUCCGGUGAUGGUGUGUUUCGUCAAUUUGCAGAGAGGGUUCGUAGAAGUUGCAGGCGAAUGACCAUCAAGAUGAAUUGCAUGUCAGCCACCGAUGUGCACCACGGUGGCAAUGGCCAGGGCACUUCUUCGGGAUCACGGCAUACUCCUGUGGUGGCGGUGGAACCUCUAGGACCCCCCACCCAAGGAAUGCAUCAGCAUCCACUGCUCCAGGACCUAGCAGGAGAUCACGAGGCAAGGCAGUCACGUCCCCUGAGGCUACUGAGGAGUCUGAAGGUAAUGAGUCCGAGGAUGAGGACCCUACCUAUGGUGAGCAUAUGGAGAUGACCAACAUGUUUGAUGCUCCACCAGUGACUCAGACGUAGGGAGAGUCAAGUCAGUUUUUCGUAGACACCUGCAGCUCCAACCCAGAGGACCCGCCGGCGUCAUUCCCGGGACCACACCGACAUUAGUAGCACUAAUAUCUUGCCCACGCAUCCAAGGAGGGAGCUUCACCUGAGGGAUCCUUUCAGCCCUCCAGAUUAGCGGCAUCCACGCCAAUGAAAUUUGAAUGUAUAAAGUGCGUUGCACGGUGUGUAAAAGACUCAUGAAAUUUGUUGCUUGGUCGUCUCUUUUGCUAGGGAGUUCCACUACUAUCUGUGCCACUUGAUGUUGUUACGUCAAAUAUUAUGGUGAAAGUGAGCGCCUGUUGGGAUC